AGUGUCCCGGUUCAGAAAAAAGGUCGAGCACUUGAGCUGCAAUCCUUCGAAACCACAGAAAAAACCGAGCUGUUAUGAACAUAUCUGAUACACGUACAACCCAGAAGACCAAUUAGAUCUAGAACUAAAAUCAGCUCAAAUGACUCAAAACCCAAGUAAAGCAUAAACACCCAACAGAUCUAAACCAAAAUCCUAAUAGCCAAAGGAAAAAACAACAUCGUCCUCCUCAACGUCCUGGGUCUCGCUGGGUAAACCAAAAUCAAAAUCCCGAUCGAACUGGGUCUCGCUGCAAACGGAGUGGAGCUCCGUCGUCGUCCUCUUCAUCGUUCACGCUCUCCUUCGAACUCUCCUCGCCGCCUCUUGCAACUUAGGUUAGGCGCAUGGUCGUUGGUCUCUUGCUUCUCCACCGAAGAACUGGGGUUUUCUGUGGAAAGAACUGAAGGGGAAGGCGGGAAUGGAAAAAAAACUGUUAAAAAACUCAAUAGAGAAUACAAUUUGUGAGCUAGAUUUGUAGUGAGAAUCUGACGAGAGAUAAAUUAGAGAAACAAUAGAGAGCUUGAUGCAGCAUGCUCUUUGAAGGUAUCCUCCAAAUUUUGGAGAAAAGUUUGAAAUAGCUAGCUUGAUACGGAUGCUUUAAGUCUAGUGUUUUUGGAUUUCUUUGCGCCUGUUUGCUUCUCUGAUUACCGAAACAGAAUGAUAUGCACUGGGACUUAUUCCAGAUUACCUCUAAGAUCGCCAGAUUUGCAAGAUCAGGCGGAAUUAUAUACGCUCGCAAAUUGUUUGACGAAAUGUCCCAGAGAGACACGGUUGCUUGGAACGCAAUGCUCACGGGCUAUUCCCAGCUGGGUCUUCACCAAGAAGCGCUCUCCCUUUUCCGUCGCAUGAGAAUUUCCAAUACCAAACCCGACCAUUACUCGUUCACCGCCACUUUGAGUGCGUGUGCAGCAGCAUGUGAGCUUUCAUGCGCAGUAAAAGUCCAUGCUUUGGUUAUUAUUUCAGGGUUUCAAUCUUCAUUACCGGUCGGUAAUUCGCUUAUUGAUAUGUAUGGGAAGUGUUUGAGUCCUUCUGGUGCUAGAAAAGUUUUUGAAGAAAUGCAAAGUAGGAAUGAAGUAACCUGGUGUUCGCUCUUGUUUGCACAUACAAAUUCUUAUCAAUUUGACUCUGCGUGUGAAGUGUUUCACAUGAUGCCCAAAAGGGUAGAAAUUGCUUGGAAUAUUAUGAUUGCCAGUCAUGCUCAAUGUGGUGAAGUUGAAUCAUGUCUUAAUUUGUUUAAAGAGAUGCUAGAGAGUUUGCAUCGGCCAGAUCAGUGGACACUAAGUUCCCUCAUGAAUGCGUGUUCUGAAUCAUCAGGAUUUUCAUAUGGAUGCAUGGUACAUGGAAUUAUUAUUAAGAUGGGUUGGAGCUCUGCGGUGGAGGUGAAGAACUCAGUUUUAAGUUUUUAUGCUAGACUAGGUUGCCAGGAUGAUGCUAUGAAGGUGGUUGAUUCCAUUGGAACGCUUACUCAGGUGUCUUGGAAUGCGAUCAUUGAUGCCCAUAUGAAAGCAGGAAACACCCAGGAAGCCUUUCUUGCUUUUCAGCGAGCUCCUGUGAAGAAUAUAGUUUCAUGGACAUCUAUGAUCACAGGGUACGCAAGAAAUGGGCAUGGAGAUGAAGCUCUUUGCUUCUUUGUUGACAUGAUGAGAAGUGGUGUCCAGCCUGAUGAUUUUGCAUUUGGAGCGGUCCUUCAUGCGUGUUCUAGCCUGGCAAUACUAGGGGAUGGUAAAAUGGUCCAUGGUUGCAUAAUUCGCUCCGGUUCUCAUGCCAAUGUCUAUGUUGGCAAUGGUUUAAUUAGCAUGUAUGCUGAGUGUGGUGAUGUUGAAGGGUCAAGCCGUGCAUUUAAUGAAAUUCUUAACAAGGAUCUGGUCUCCUGGAAUGCAAUGUUGUUUGGAUUCGGGUUACAUGGACGGGCUAACCAAGCUCUACAGCUUUAUGAACAAAUGAUGGCUUAUGGUGUAAAACCCGAUAAAGUGACUUUUAUUGGCCUGUUGAUGACUUGUAGCCACUUGGGGCUUAUAGAGAAAGGUCGCUUGUUUUUUGAAUCAAUGGAUUCAGUUCAUGGGGUUUCACGUGAAAUGGAUCACGUGGCAUGCAUGGUAGACAUGCUUGGGCGAGGUGGGUUCUUGGCAGAAGCAACAGAGUUGGCUAAUAGGUAUUCAGGAACAGGUAAUGAUGCAAAGACCAGGUCAUCUGAGGCUCUGCUUGGAGCAUGUUAUGCGCAUGGGGAUGUAGGGAAAGGGACACAUCUGGGGGAAGAUUUGAAGAUUUUAGAGCCGCAGAAAGAGAUAGGCUAUGUGGUUUUGUCAAAUUUGUACUGUGCAAGCGGGCAGUGGAAGGAAGCAGAGAUGGUUCGAAAGGCGAUGCUGGAUCAAGGGGUGAAGAAAAUGCCUGGUUGUAGUUGGAUUGAAGUGAGAAACAAGGUGACCGCUUUUGUUUCUGGGAACCACUCGCAUCCAUGCCUGCGAGAUAUCUGUAAAAUAUUGCACUUCCUUGGAUUUGAAAUGAGAAAUCCUCCAUGCUUUAUUGGUUUUGAGAAUUGAAAGAUUUAUUAA